AUGCCUCACAGUCACCACAUGAACAGCUCCACGUUGCCCACAACGCAUCCUCCUGAACAUCAGCACUCAACGGCAGCCCCAGGACAUGGUCAUGGAUCUCACAUGAUGGCAAUGACUUUCCACUUCAGCUAUGAGAAUGUGCCAUUGCUGUUUUCUGGACUUAUAAUCAAUACUCCUGGAGAAAUGGCUGGUGCUUUUGUGGCUGUCUUCUUCCUGGCCAUGUUUUAUGAAGGCCUUAAGAUUGCCCGAGAGUGUCUGCUCCGUAAAUCCCAGGUCAGCAUUCGCUACAACUCCAUGCCAGUGCCAGGUCCCAAUGGCACUAUCUUGAUGGAGACGCACAAAACUGUUGGACAGCAGAUGCUGAGCUUCCCUCACCUCCUGCAGACUGUGCUGCACGUCAUUCAAGUCGUGGUCAGCUACUUCCUCAUGCUCAUCUUCAUGACGUACAACGGGUACCUCUGCAUCGCGGUGGCGGCAGGGGCAGGGACAGGCUAUUUCUUCUUCAGCUGGAAAAAGGCCGUUGUUGUGGAUAUCACGGAGCACUGCCAUUAACACUGGAUGCUGCCCAGAAGCCUCGCCACCCCACCGCUCUCUGGAAGUGCAGCCGUCACGAGGACUGGAUCAUUCCUAAGCUGAAAGAGAAACAAUCUAAAGAAAAUCAACUGGAGUUCACCACAGGUUCCUAGCUGGGGUGUAGGGAUCU